GCUCUCGGCGCACAGUGCCUCGCAGCACGCACAUCAUAUAACCGCUGUUCAUGCAGGAUCGCCCUCUCCCCUUAUCCUCGGUGUUACCAUCCACCGGGCGAUUUGUGUCGUUCCGCGCGAAUCUUCGGAAAAUUCAGUGUCCACGAUUUACAAUUAAAACUCCGAUUUGAAGUUCUCGCGUUCGAUAAAUUAUCGUCUGCGUGCAUACGUACACGUGCAAUAGCGUUUUGGUAAUCAAAUUCUGACGAUCAUCUGGUUAUCUUCAUUAUAUUCAAUGACUGUCGGGUAUUGAGAUUUGAUCCUUUGCAGAGAUUCCUUACGGUAAAAUCUCGCGUGUGACAAUGAUACGACGGUAUCAUGAAAGAUAGAGGAAGCAAUUGAAACAAAUUUUUGGCUUGUGAAAUUUCAUUAAGUGUAAAAAGAGACUCAAGAAAUCUCGAUUGAGGGAUGUGAUAGCAAGAUACAUCUGAAUCUGAGGAUUAUUUUUUAUCGACUUUCGCACGAUGCACUUGCGGGCACUUUACCGGCGUGGGUGCUAUUGGAUUCUUUCUUCAUUUUGAGACCAAGGUGUUGCAGGAGAGUGCAGGGGUUGGAAACACGUUUGAAACGAACGCGCCAUUAUACAUUAAAGGAUGCCGAAACCACUUCGAAACUUACUCGUCUUGACAUUGAUAAUAACAGCAUCGUGUCUCGACGUGACGAUAGACAAUGCCACGACAUCAACAGAAAUGUCUUUAUUAAUAACAUCAACGAAUACAUCCAGGUUGAUGACGAUCACUACCAAAGAAAAUUCAGCAACAUCGUCGACAAUCCUUACAGUGCAAGAUGACAGCAUCCCGAAAAAUCUAUCCCACACAUUGUCGUCGUCGCCGUCAUCUUCUCCUGACGGGAUUUGGGAGUGCCCAAAUAUUACAAAAGCAGGCGUGACGUGUUCCUGCGACUUUCCACAUACGCUCAGGUGCAUCGGCGAUAGAACGACACUACAGACUAUCAGCGAGCAUUUGAAACGUAGUCGACCGGACAACAUGAUAUCGCUACUGGAUGUGACUGUGACGGGGAUCUCCGUACUUCCGGCGCGUUUUCUGGAGAAUAUUGCGCUUCAUGGAUUGGUCAUUUCCACCGGCGAGCUGAAAUACGUCCACGAAAACGCGUUCAUCGCUCUGGCGCAACCGUUACAAGCGCUCGGAUUACCCAAUAAUCUACUGGACGCAGUUCCAACAACCGCGCUAUUGCAUCUUAUUGGUUUGGACCGAUUAGACCUAUCUCACAACAAAUUAAAAACAUUAGAAGCAGACUCGUUCAAGGGAUUGUCGAAUUUGACCUAUCUCGACCUAUGCGACAAUCUGUUAUCACAAUUGUCGCCACAGGCAUUCUUGGCCCUACCAGCAUUGCGUUCACUGAAAAUGCGUGGAAAUCGCCUGAGUGUCUCCGCUCUGUCUGCGUUAAGGGGUUUAAAACGUUUAGAAGAGCUGGAUUUGUCUAGCAAUCUGCUACUGGGCCCAAUGGGUCCCAAUCUACUACCACAAAUGCCCAGACUGCAUUUCCUUACCAUGUCGGAGAACGGUCUCAUCAAUGUUCAGCAAGGUGCUCUCAUGGGCCUUAGGAAUCUCACUUACCUCAGUUUGAGUCACAAUCAGAUUGACGUACUGGAGGAUUACUCGUUCAAGUACUUAUCGACCUUGACGCGACUGAACUUGGCGAACAAUCGCAUUGUCGCCGUGUCUAGUGCUUCAUUGGCGCACUUGGAGAAGUUGAUUACUCUAGAUCUGACAUAUAACUUUCUGCGAUCUUUGACGGCUGAUCUGGUGGUGCCGUUAAAAAGCCUGCAGGACCUACGAUUGGACGAUAACGACAUUACAAUGGUGGCGAAUGAUGUGCCAAUGUCGAAGUUGCGCCUAAAAAAGCUCUCGCUCACCGAUAAUCCGCUCAAUUGCGACUGCACGCUGCUAGAGUUUGCCAACUGGCUAGCAAACUCUAAUCUGACUGAAGAGGACAAGUUAUCAGCGGUAUGCGCGACACCACCGGCUCUCGAAAAUGGCGUCCUUACGCAGGUGCCACCGGGUAGUCUGCUCUGCGGCGAGCCUACACCGCCCAUAAUGACCCGGGUGCCACUGGCGGAGGCGCAGCUUAAUCUCAAGGAGUACCACUAUGAUGAGAGCACCGGCAUAAAUCUGUUGUGGCAUGUAGAAGAGUGUGCCGAGCAUUAUACCUGCGACUCGCUUAUUAUCUAUGAGACAAUUGGCGACAAUGAGAUCAAGACGGUGUCUAGUCCGUUGCACUGCGACUCUCGGAUGAUGCGUGAUCCGUGUACACUACCAGUCGCCAUACCGGCUUCCCUGCGUCUGCAACUAGGUCAUAAAUACCGUUACUGUGUGGUGCUGCUUGUGCCUACCACCUACGAGGACGUAUCCCUCGGUCUUGGUUGCAGCGACAUUAUUGUUCUACAGAAGAUGAGCCAACAAUGGCAGGAAGAGUACGCGAGAGAAGCGGAUCCUUAUUCCGUGACAUCCAUGCAAACACCUCUUGUUUACACGCGGAUUACUAGCGUUCACGCGAACAUGACCGACAAAGGCUAUCUGCACGUCAACGUAGUUCUUUCUAGAAUAAAAGAGUCAUCGACUCUCACAUCAUCGGCCUGCCAAGUAUUUAUUGUCGUAUUUGACACAGUUUCUGCGGUACAUCGACAAACGUUCAAUUGCACUUCCGCAUUCGUUAUCGAUGUGCAAGUGUCGUCACCAGGUUACUAUCGAGUGUGCGCUAGCCUGGAUGAACUUGCCGACGUCAUCAUCGCGUCGUCAUCCAGCAAUCUGGUGGAUGAUAAUGAGAGGUUUCGUUGCAUCGAAGUAGUCGAGCAAGCCGGUUAUACCCAGCAGAACGUCGAGCUGUUGAUCGUGAUGACUGUGAUCGUUGCCAUGAGCAUUCUUCUUAUUACUCUCGCUCUGCUCGGUAAAAAUCUGGCUAGACGGUUGCGGCACUCCAGAAUACAGGCGCAAUGCUUCUUGCCAGCGCAAGAAUUUGAAAUCACUCAUAAGGCACAUUAUAUCAAACUUCUGGCCACAACAAAAGUUUAGUGAGCCCACGUUAAUAAUGAAAAAUCGACUGUAUUUUUCGAAUUCAAUAUUGACAACAAAAGUUUGACUUUAAUUGAAAGUUUGUUUGAAAUUUAAUAUUGAAAAUUCAAGAGUUUAAAAAUAAGAAAGCAAAACUUUUUUACAUUUUUCUCGUUUUUUAAAAUAUUAAAUUAACCUAAAUCAUAAUACUCCAGGAUGUCUGAUAAUAACCACGACAACGCUUAUGAGCAGGUAAUGAGCAAAAUGUUGAAAAUUGACAAAAUGGUGGUCUUUUGAAGAAAAGUAAUUGAAUUUUGUCUAAAAGUUGCAACAAUUUGUUUAAAUAAAAAAAAAACAGUAACAUAUACGGCAAUAAUUCUAGUUCCAUCGAUAGACAGUCAUUUUCUUGAGAUUCGUUUAAAAUUUGAAGCUAAUCUCUUGAUUGAUUCUCGAGAUUUCUUCAAAAAAGCAGUUUCGAGAAAACAGGCUUUAAAGUUUCUGUUGUGUAUAAGGAAUGAUAUUUACUACUUACCAUUAAAAUGUUAUCACUUUGCCAGUUUUUGGAAUUUUGUCUAAUCAUUUUAGAAACAUAUUUUUAAGGUCCCAGCCUUUUUAAAAAUAAAAAAAAAACGAUUUUUUUUACCCAACAAGGUAGAAGACCCUCUUCAAUUAAUAUCUCAAUAAUUAUUGCAAAAUUUACAAAACGGUAAAGAACUUUUUUGUUCAAUUAAUUUUUUUCUGUAUACUUUUUUUAUUUGUCCACGAGCGUUGUCGUGGUUAUUAUCAGACAUCUUGUAUGUAUAUUAUACUUCCUGUUGGCUCAGAAGUUGAUCGCCUAUAAACCAUACAUAAAGCUUCUAAUAACAACAAAAUACGACAUUAGAAUCUACAUUAAUAAUGAAAAAUUGACAUUACUUUUUUGUGAUAAAACAAAUUUUCUUUUAAAAAGAAAAUAUAUACAGCAUCACUGUCACCCUUUUGACGAGAAAACAAAGGAAUGCCUCCAGAGGAAGUCAAGCACAUAACAUGUGCCGAUAUUCUCGUUUAGAUUCAAAUAUCAUAGUUGAAUGUUAAGAAUCUUUGAGUGCUCUGAGAUUAUAAAAAAUGUUCUCAAAGAUUAACGAUCUGUAUUCUGAUUAAUUAUCUUUUUAAUUCAACUUUGACUACAAAAGUUUAAUAUUAUUUUUGAUAUUCAACAUUGAAAA